GAAUCCCAAGGACAGGAUAGGACUAGAUUCACUAACCCAAACCCCCCCACACCGUAGAUCCAUCUCUACUCGCUUCCCCUGCACUUCCCCUUUCAUCGGUUAAACGUUAAUUCAUUAUGGGAGCAUGAAAAGUAAAUUUUGUGGUUAAGUUCUUUGGUUGCUCCUUACAGGUCAUUUUCCUUCUAGAGUUCUCCAUGACCUAUCCAAUAGUUAGUUGAAUCAGCAAGAGAAUCUACCCGAUCUCCAUUGUCGAGUUCAUGGCAUCUGGGGGUGUAACACAUGAUUCUAAGUUAACAGAUGUGAACGCAAAUGCAAAUGGCAUUGAUAGGUUGCCUGCAGAGAUGAAUGACAUGAAAAUUAGGGACGACAAGGAAAUGGAAGCAACUGUUAUAGAUGGGAACGGGACUGAAGCAGGACAUAUAAUUGUCACCACAAUUGGUGGUAAAAAUGGCCAGCCAAAGCAGACAAUAAGCUACAUGGCUGAGCAUAUUAUUGGGCAUGGAUCUUUUGGAGUAGUUUUCCAGGCAAAACGCUUGGAGACGGGUGAAACUGUGGCUAUAAAAAAGGUUCUUCAAGACAAGAGGUACAAGAACCGAGAACUGCAAACCAUGCGUCUUCUUGACCACCCUAACAUCGUAUCUUUGAAGCAUUGUUUCUUUUCAACAACUGAAAAAGAGGAGCUUUACCUGAACUUAGUAUUGGAGUAUGUUCCUGAGACUCUCCAUCGGGUAAUCAGACACUAUAACAAAAUGAAUCAAAGGAUGCCGUUGAUAUAUGUCAAACUUUACUUUUACCAGAUAUGCAGAGCACUUGCUUACGUUCACAACAGUAUUGGUGUGUGUCACAGGGACAUAAAACCUCAAAAUCUACUGGUUAAUCCUCACACACAUCAACUGAAGCUAUGUGACUUCGGAAGCGCAAAAGUGUUGGUAAAAGGGGAACCGAACAUAUCAUAUAUCUGUUCUAGGUACUAUAGAGCUCCUGAGCUCAUCUUUGGUGCUACUGAGUACACUACAGCCAUCGACAUCUGGUCUGCUGGUUGCGUACUUGGUGAAAUGUUGCUUGGUCAGCCUCUCUUUCCUGGCGAGAGUGGAGUAGACCAGCUUGUUGAAAUUAUCAAGGUAUUAGGUACUCCGACAAGGGAAGAAAUCAAGUGCAUGAAUCCUAAUUACACAGAAUUCAAAUUCCCGCAAAUUAAAGCUCAUCCUUGGCACAAGAUCUUUCACAAACGCAUGCCAUCUGAUGCUGUGGAUCUUGUCUCAAGACUACUGCAGUACUCUCCCAGUCUUCGAAGCACAGCUUUGGAGGCUCUUGUUCACCCGUUCUUUGAUGAGCUGCGUGACCCAAACACUCGGUUGCCAAACGGGCGUUUCCUCCCCCCACUCUUCAACUUCAAGGCAAAUGAGCUCAAGGGAGUGCCUGCGGAGAUGCUGGUGAAGCUUAUUCCACCAUAUGCAAGAAAGCAGUGUGCUCUGUUUGGGGCAUAAUGCGGGAUCUGUGAUUAAAAUCUCAAUCUGUACAAAAAAUUGUUCACUUCGUUUUGUUCAUUUGUUCUUGUCCCCUCGAUGUAAAAUGUUGGCCCUACAUGUGAAAAGCUAUAUGAUGAUGAGCUUCGCCUUCACCAUAAUGUGAUUUUAGGACUGGAUGGGUUUGCUAAGCCUUAAAAGUUAAAUGUUUGGCGGAUGAUCCGGGAGGUAACAGUGUUUUGACGCUUCAUGGACACUCAUCCCUUGGCUGUGGUAGAAUUUUGCAGCGUAGUCUACACUUUAGUAAGAAGAAACUGGUAUAUAUACACACAAGGAAGAAAAUUGCAUUGUCGUGGUCAACUAGUGUUUUGUGAGAGGGAUGAAAUGAUGGUGGCAGGCAUUAUAGAUCUAUGUACGUAGGGAAGGAAUGAUGUGAAGCAUGCCUUGUGCUUUUUUGUUCCGGGGAGUGCGCUUUUCUUCUCUAUUACGGGAUACGGAUUCCAUCAUUGAACAGUUUGGAAUUUUCCUUUUGAGCAAAAUGUAGCAGCAAAUGGUAAAUCUUUUGGGUGGCGUGAAA